AGUGAGCGGGGGGUGAGCGACGCGUGCGCUGAAAACGCCUCCCCUACAUAAAUAUCUCAAAACACGGUCCGACGGCAGUAACACGGGCCGCGCUAUCAGCCGCUCGUCGCCUUUACAGUGCCUUUUAACUCGCAACGCGAUACGCGACGGGAUCACGAUACUCCGGUCCACGCUCCAACCAUCGAUCAAACGAUCCUCUACGGACAACACUUCUCGCUGAACUCGACCAACUAGCGAGUCACGAUGUCACGUUCCAUACUGUGGGAGUCGCCUAACGCAGCCUUGGACAAGACCUUGUUGAACAGGUACUUGGAUCUGCCCCAGCCGGAAGAUAAAGUACAGGCGAAGUACAUUUGGAUCGACGGCACUGGCGAGCAUUUGAGGAGCAAGACUAGGACGGUGGAAUUCGUACCUAAACAUCCAUCGGAAUUACCAAUCUGGACGUACGAUGGCAGUUCCACGAUGCAAGCAGAUGGAGCAAACAGUGAUAUCUACCUUUGCCCGGUGGCGAUCUACAACGACCCAUUCCGUCGUGGGAACAACAAGCUGGUGCUCUGCGACACUUACCACAGCGACAAGACCCCGACAGCGUCCAACAAACGCUUCGCUGCGAACAACGCGAUGGAGAGCGUGAAAGAUCAAGAUCCCUGGUUCGGUAUCGAACAGGAGUAUACCUUCUUGGACAUUGAUGGUAGGCCGUUGGGUUGGCCGAAGCAUGGCUUCCCAGGUCCCCAGGGUCCAUACUACUGUGGUGUCGGUGCAGACAAAGUGAUCGGUCGCGAAAUCGUCGAAGCCCACUACAGGGCUUGUCUCUACGCCGGUGUGAAGAUUGCUGGCACGAACGCAGAGGUUAUGCCGUCUCAGUGGGAGUUCCAGGUCGGCCCUUGCAGCGGUAUAUCCGCUGGGGACGACCUGUGGGUCGCUAGAUUCAUUCUCCAUCGUGUGGCAGAGGAGUACGGUGUGAUAGUCUCACUGGACCCGAAGCCUAUGGAAGGCUCCUGGAACGGAGCUGGGGCCCACACGAAUUUCUCCACGAAACCGAUGCGCUCCGAGAACGGAAUCGCUGAGAUCGAGAAGGCCAUCGACAAGCUGAGCAAGCAACACCUCAGGCACAUCCAGGCGUACGAUCCUCGUGGAGGAAAGGACAACGAGCGUCGUCUAACUGGAAAAUGCGAGACCAGCAGUAUACACGACUUCAGCGCCGGCGUAGCCAACCGUAACGUUAGCAUUCGCAUCCCUCGCGGUGUCGCCGAGGACAAGAAGGGCUACCUGGAGGACAGGAGACCCAGCAGCAACUGCGAUCCUUACUCCGUCUGCGACGCCCUCGUCCGUACCUGUAUUCUAAACGAGUAAACAAACACGUCUUAACGAUGCUAGAUAGAAAGGAGGAGCCGGUACUAAAAUAGUGAUCGCACCUUUGUCGAACUUGCUUUGUACAAGUUGAAAGUCUGCUAGGUAAAGUUGAUAUUAGAGCUCGUAUAUUAAUGUUAAUUAAUAUUUGUUACAUUUCUCAAUGUGUAAAAGUACGGCGAGCGUGCGUGAGGGCUCUGAUCGAUAAUUUAGUACAAAAACGCGAGAAGGAUGUACUUUGAGGGAAACGGAAUUGAUCGAGGACCAACAGUUGAUACACAAAAUAUAUAUAUAUAUAUUUUCUUUUUUUUACAACGAACAGAAUAAAACGAUUUCGCGUCACCAAUCCGUGCCAGCUUUGCGAUCACCAUUCAGAAACGUGCAAUAGUUAGAGAUUAAUGAGAAAUAACAAAAGUAAUUUUCUCUUAUCCGAUAUAUGAAUUAUAAAAUUGUUACGGAUCGAGGAAUCCGAGAUUCAUAUUUUAUAUUUUUAAAGAGUGCUCUAGGAAGGUUUAUUUUAGAAUGUAUUCCGUGCACCUAGGAUUAACGCUUGUUACGUCUAUUUAAUUCGAUAAUUUCGUCGACAAUAAAUCUAAUAUCGUUCCAGGCGUUAACUAAAUUAACACAGAGUAAACUUGGUAUAUUAUACAUUGCAUUCCUCUAAGCGAACAGCUUGAAAGUAACGAGUCAGUCAACUGUUCUCACCUGUGUACUCGAGACCUUAUCUAGAACAUCUUCCAGUGAUAAAAAGUCAUCGGGGUGAACGCGACGAGCCUUUGGAACACCAUGGAGUCGCGUCUUAUCUUUUUCUUUGAUACGAGUGUUCAUGAUUAAAUUAAAGAACGCCAUAAGUACGUUUCUCGAACGAAUCCGAUACCUCUCGCGCUACCUGAAAAUACUGGAAUGCCACGAUCGGUUGUGUAACGUAACUGUAAGUCAAUCACGAGUUUUCGCGAAUGCACAAAAAAGUCCGGGAAACCGAGGCCGACCACGUCGCUCGAAUCGAUUACAUUUAAAUAUCACGUGAUAUAAUGAAACUAAAGGAAAGUUGAUGUAGCAUGUACAUGGUGUAUUUUCAUAUUUGUAUGGUAUAUUUUCAUAUCUGUAUUUUCUAUGCUAACUCCUUUAAUGUAAUUGUAUACCAUGACCAUUGUUGACAGUUUUGUUGGUAGUGGUUAUCGUUGUUGUUAUAAUAAUAAUGAUAGUAAUAAUAAAAGGCGAUGUUUUGGA